AUCUCCAACGCCACACCUUCGAGGCUCCGCCCCCCGCAGACAACAAAUAUAGGAGAGAACCCUCAGACGCAAACCCUGUAAAAAUCCCAUCUUCUCCCUCUUUCUAUAGUCUCCUCCUCCUCCUCCUCGAUUUUCACCACAUAUUCCAACUCGUCUCCGUCUCCUUCUUCUUCAGUCUAAAUCUCUCGAUGUCGUACGAUGACGUGGAGAUCGAGGACAUGGAGUGGAGCGAGGAGCUCCGGGCCUUCACUUACCCUUGCCCCUGCGGCGAUCUCUUCCAGAUCACGAGAGAGGAUCUCCGAUUGGGGGAAGAAAUCGCUCGCUGCCCUAGCUGCUCCCUCUACAUCACCGUCAUCUACAACCAAGAGGACUUCGCCGACCCGAAACCCGAUAAGGAGAACAACGUCCAGCUGUCGAAGAGCCAGCCCGUCGCCGUCGUCUGAAGAAGGGAUCGCCGAUUGGAUUCAGUCUUCAGGUUUCUAAACUGGAAGGUGAAGCUGUCAAUGGAUUGCUAGGAUGAGAAUGUAGCUUAGAAAUUAGUUGUUUUUGAAGAUUUUCAUGAUGGUUGGAAGGUUUGGAAGGAGCAAACAUCAUGUUUCUUGAAAUUUUUUCGAUCAUAUGUAUUAAAGUAGUUAUGUUAGUUUGAUUUAUAUUGCACUGGUAAUAACUCUAGAGGGAGCUUUGUGAUCUAGUUUGAGACAUUAUAUUCUCACAUUUGAUUGCAGUGAUAAGAAUACCUUGAUUACACACUAAAAUACCAUGUGUAAGACUUGUGUCCUCCAAGGGACAAAAGUCCCUUUGAAUUUUCCAUUACCAAUGUACAGAAAAUCGUGGUUAUCUUAACAUUAAAUUCAUCUACAUGAAAUGUUGCAAGUUGGCAGGGAGAAUAAA